AUGCGUGCAACAGAACCACCCGAAGUUUCAGUUGCUACGAUCGAAGGUAUUAUACUCCGAAAUUCUAUCACAUUCGAAACUUUAGUCGGAACUAACAAUUUUGGGAUCGCUUGGUCUCAAAGAUCUCCAAUUGUUUUACAAUAUAUUGUAGAUCAUAUAGAUGAAGUCAUGAGAUAUGCUCUUAUGAUCACACCACCACCUGCAUCUGGUCUUCAAGGAAUUUGUUUAUCGAUUUUAUCGAGUCGAGAAACAGAAUUAUACAAUAAAUUAUUCGAUUCACAGACAUUCCUUAAUAUUGUACAAGAAAUCCCACAAAACAUUACAAAAUAUACUGUUCGUACUCAAGUCAUGUAUUUUGAUUUAAUAAAUACCAUAUUAAUUCAGACAAAUUUUACUUUAUUUAAUCAAUUUGAUAUGAAACAGUAUUUCAAAGUUCUGGCAUCUACACUCAUCCACGAUACUCCUGCCAGGUUUAUCCAGUCAAUGGUCAUUUCUUUGACUCCAUUAUCAUUUUCUGUUUUAUCCAACGCCGAACUUGUAAAAAUUCUAUGUCAAGAGUACAUAAACGAUACAGUCAAUGGCAUUACAGCACUCAGAUUGAUCCAAAACUGCUUCAUUAAUGAGUUUUUCCUCAGACAUGCGGCAGAAUCAUUCGGAGACAGAACAUUGAUACUCAAUAUAUGGAAGAAAGCCGAUAAAACUAGGGAUGUACACGGAAUCGACUUCCUAAGGACACUUUUUUUGACUUGUGUUCCAUUUAUUUCACUAAAAGAGUGGAAAUAUGUGGCCGACGAGCUGAUUAAGCUACUUCCCAAUGUUUCUAGGAUACUUUUGAGCAUGAGUUAUUACGGAAUCUAUGAAAAUUCUAUCGGAAAAUUAUUUAUUGCUCUUCAAAACGGUUCUGGACAAGUUGAACAAUCGGGAUUUGAUAUAACAGUCAAUGCAAUCGAUAUGAUGUUCAAACAGCCCAUUAAUUCCUUUGUUCAUAACUUUGCGAUGUAUUCAGUUCAAAGUUUUGUACAAUGCAACGGAGAUAUCGACUUGCUACUAGAAAAAACACAAUUACCAAAGAAAAUAAUACAGCAAUACCUCAAGCGUGGCCAGGUAACAGCUGUUUAUUGGGGACAAUUAAGAGUGAUUUCGGAAACUAUCGAACCAUACAUUGAUACGACUCAUUUAUCAAAUUGGUCGAAUAUUAUCACUGAAUCGAACCAAAAUACCCGACAUUUGAUGGAUGUUCCGUUGGAAGAAUCACAUCCAAUUCUAAACAAGAAGCAAACGUCGUCAUUGUUGUUGGCAUUGCAUAGACUUCCAAAGAGAAAGAGAGCCGUGUUGAUGGUUGGCUUAAUUUCCUUUAUUUUGUUUAUUUAUGUUGCGAUAUUUGUUUAA